AUGAUUCUUACAUUUUCAAUCCUUGCUUCAUGGAAUGUACAAGGCGCAACAACUGCCAAGCAGCAGAGCAAUGAUGAUCCAAACAUAUCAGAUACUUUUGUGUUGGACUUGAAUCAUCCCUCUUCUUUCUUUUCUCAUCAUGAUGAUGAUGAAAUUCCCAAUACUGAAAUAGCCUCUUCUCCUCAUUUCACCACUCCUCUCGACAACGAUUCCAAACAAGAUACUUCUCGACCACUCUUCAUGUCCCUUCUCCGCCAUCAUCCAGCUCCGCAUCAUGAUGAAAAGCCACUCAGCAUCACAAAAUCCAAAUUAUUCAUGUCUUUUCAACCAUCAUCAUCAGACUCAUCAUCAAUAACGAUGACGGAAAAAGGACAACCAUCACUUUCACAACAAAACAUUGAUCCUACAAAUAGUAUCAACACAACCACAUGUCCAUAUGCCAUUUACAGAGGACAUUGGGAUGAAUUCUUGAGAGAUCCGAAAAAUCGAAAACAAUCUUAUUCAUCCGAGCUCGAUAGAAUAUUGAAUGCAAGAAUUCCACUUUAUAAUCAAACGGAAUGGACAACCAAAUUUGAGGGUCAACCUAAUGCACUUUCGUGUCCCCAAUUUACCAUUAACAAAUGGAGAAAAUAUGUUCCAAUGACGAAUCCAUCAGAAGAUAUCUUAUAUUAUUUAGGAAAUGAAAUGAACAUGUGUCAAAUUUAUGAAAAAUUUACAUAUUCCUACAAAGCUCUAGUGAAUGGAACGGUUGUGAUGAGGAAUGUGACAUUUAACUUUGAUUUCACACAAGUGUGUGAUCGAUUAUUUUGUUUUCCCAAUACGACUUUGCAACUAGUCAAUGAUUUUAAAUCACCCUUUGGACUCAACCUCACACAACUUUUAACCAACACAACCAUCUACACAAAUUUCUUUCCACAACGUGUAGCUCUCUCAUUCUUCCAAAAAUGGGCUCAAAGUUUCGAAGAUAGUUCUUACAAUAUUGAUCCUCAAUCAUUAUUAGUGUCACAAUCUUACAAUAAGCUCAUGCACACUCUAGUUCCUCAUUUACCCUUUAAUUUCACAACAUUACAGCAUAUUUCAGAUUACUAUACUGUUUGCAGAGCUUGUCGUGACUAUAGAAAGUACCCAAUUUUGCCUGGAAGAGAUGUUUGUCUUACGUUAGACUAUCCAUUCACUUGCAAUUAUGAUUCCAAUAAUAAUGGAAUUAUUGAUGAAGCAGAUACAGUUGGUUAUCCACUGUUGGAGAUUGUUCAGAGAAGGGAUAACAUUUUUAGAAAUGUAUUAAGCAUGACUGCUGAGCCAUUGUGCUAUUGUCCAAGACCUGGAACUGUUGUUCCAAAAAGUAAUGGAAAGGAUGUCAUGAUUUUUAAUUAUACAUUUUUCAAAACCAAAGUUUCUUCUCAGUGUGAUGAAUAUGCCUAUUUCUGGUAUCCCCUGUACGAAACAAAAUUACUCAAUAUUGCACUCAUUACCUUGGAAGUCAUGUUAAAUAUUGCCAUGUUUUUCUUGGUUCUUCUUCCACUGAUAACUCAAUUUUGUAAAGAGAUCACGAUGAAAGUCAAAGGAAAGGCAUUAAAGGUGCCACAAUUCACAGCAUUGAUUAACACACGUGGAAUGAUUGAAAAAUUUAAAAAGUCGGAACAAAUUCGAUUCUAUUCCACAACGACGAGUUUGCAUCAUAACAGAACUUGGAAACGAAUACUCUUCGAUUUACGGUUAUACUCAGCUAUUAUAUUACAAGUAGCAUAUUUAUGCUUUUUAACAAGUGACAUUUUGGCAGCUGCAUCCACGAUAGAAAGCCCAACAGAAGCUGUCAAAACAGAGAGUGUCAUGUUUUUAUCGGGAAUUGGACUAUGUCUUAUUGGAAUUAUUCCAAUUUUGGCCAUGUGGGUUGAUGUUUUGAAAAAGACUUCCAACAAUAGUGAACGAAUUUCAUUGAAGAUCUCAAUUCCACUUUUUUUAUUUAUGGCUUUGGGCCUUUUAGGAGUUUUUGCUUAUGCAGUUUCAGAUUAUUUUACUCAAUUUUUUGCUUCUGCCGCUUUCAUGCUUGGUUUGGUUAUUGUAUUUGCCAUUGUAAUUUUUGGAUUAUUUAUUUAUGGUUUUCGUAUUUAUUUAAGUUUGCGACGAGUUUCUAAGGUUAGCUUUUUCCAAUUUAGGUUCACAAAAUUCCUUGGGGCAGCCUGUCUACUUGCUCUCUUCCCUGGCUUUUACAUGGUCUUUGACAUUGCAGGUCGAAUCUAUCAAAGUCAAUAUGGUAAAUAUCCCGUCACACGAUUCUACUAUUUAUAUGCACCCUUCUUUGCAAGCGUGCUCAUCAUUGGAUUUGGAGGUUCACUCAUCUAUGUCCUCUUUCCCUCAAAUAAGGUCUUUAAAGAAAGUUAUGAAUUAAUUUUCUAUGGCAUGUUCUGUUGUGGAGGAAAAUCUCCAUUCGCGAAACGUUUUUGGAACCUUCAGAAAUCUCUCCUGCAUUCCUCCAUGGCAGCGAGACGUGAUCAAUUGCAUCAACAAGAACACGACCAAGAUGGAGGACUGGUGUUAGCCUCGACGCGAAUUGAUAAAACAUUGUUGAUGAAAGAAGAUGGUCAACAAUCACAACAAGGCAAUCACUAUUCUUCAUUGAUUCGAAUUAAUCAAAACGAUGAUGAGGACGAUUCUUCCAUUCAUCAACAUGGUGGUGCCAAUAGUGGCACGAAUACUCCUUCACGAGUGGCCCUUAAUUUAGGACUUUUCUCUCAUGAAGACGGUGCAGUUCAGUUUGCUCAUGUAUUACCAACUCAUCCUUUGCAUCAAUCUCAGAAUGGUGGCGGCAGUGGUGAGGAGGAAGGAGUGGAAGUUGAAUAUCAUGUUCGAAAGGGAAGUACUGCUCAUCAUAUUAAUCAUUUUAUGGGAGGAGGUUUGGUCGAUCUCAAUGGUGGCGUGCAAAGACUUGAAGACGACGACGAUGAAGAUGAAAUUCGAAAUGAUGAUUCACAAUAUUAUGCAAAUCAAGUGAGUGGUCCUGUUGAACAACGAUCAGAAAGACAACGAGAGCUUUCGUUACCCUUCUUGUAA